AUGUCAGACGGUCAACUGCAGAACAAUGUGGAUGAGGACAGUCUCCAAGCUAUCACUCGCAAAGAGAGUCGACUGGAAUCAGUCAAAAAACAUUUCCCAUAUUGGAUAUUCCCUCUGAUAUCUGCCGCAACUUGGUUUGGGAUAUUAUGGGUUUUGAUUAUAGUCUGGUUGGCUAAGGGUCAACCAGUGUACAUUUCAAUGACUGGUAACCAAACAAUUGCUUACAUCUCAGAUAUAGGGGCCUCGUAUCUUAAGCCUCUAUUUGUUGUGGGAUGCUGCAUUACAAGUUUAUUCUUUUUCCUCUCGUUGUGUGCCAUGCGUCGUAACCAAGCAUUGGUGCGACGUCUUGAAAAGGGUCUUGAUUGGGCCUCAAUAUUGGCAGGCGCGAUGGGAGCUGUAUCACUUAUCUUAUUGUCUGUAUUCGACACGGCUCGCCACCCUUCGCUUCACAGACUCUUCUUGUUAUUAUUCAUGCUAGGAGUUGUGUUAUCGGCACUUUUCACAACCCUCGAAUAUCGACGCUUGGGCAAUGUUUUCAUUGAACGCUCGUUUCUCAAGAUUAGCUACAGGAUAAAACAGGCUAUCGUGGUUCUUGAAAUUUGUCUAUCUAUUGUGUUUGGUGCUACCAUGUAUAAGAAGAAGCACAAUGUUGCAGCCAUAUUCGAGUGGUUGGUUGCGUUUAUCUUCACAUUUUACGUCCUCUCAUUCUUUUUCGACCUUAGACCCAAGGCCAGAACUAGGGACGAACUGGAGGCACGCCGUGAAAUGAUUCAGCAACAAAGAGCUACUGGCCAAUUGGCUUAA